UAUAACCAGCUUAGGGGCGCGAUAUAAAGCAAUCCUAUGACUUUCAAACCAUGAAGUAUUUUCAGCUGAUUGCCGUUGGAAUAUUGACCCUGAGUCUGGACAUUUUCGAGAUUCUUGUUUUGCAGACAACAGAUGCCGGUGCCAGCGAUGUAAACGAAUGCACCGAUUAUAUAGAACUUUCUGACCCUUACCGUACUUCGACAUACUACAAUGCUUCUCUCGAGAUGUGUGACAACCAUUUACAACGUGGAUGGUACAGGUUCUUGCGACAGGCGGGCCGUAUGAUGCCUACGGCUUGUGUCCCUAAGUUCCACUGUGGAACUUAUGGACCCGGAUGGUUGGACGGGGACCAUCCCAUGCCCCAGGAUGGGAGGGUUUUGAGGAGAGUGUGCUUUCACCUCGAAGGGGAGUGCUGUAAGGAGUGGAAAAUGAUCCAAGUCAGAAAUUGUGUGAACUUCAUGGUGUACCAUUUAGAGCUCCCACCCAAGUGUCCCAUGCGGUAUUGCGGAGACGCUGUCAAGGAGGAAGCCACUACCUUGGAGGAGGAACGACCAACAGUCAAAGAGGAAACUCCUACCGUUAGGGAGAAACGUCCUAAUGUUGUUGAAGUUCCUAAUGAGUGCGAGAAUCACGGUUUAUUGGAUUCGGCGGACAGAUCGCAAGGAUUCUACGAUCCUUUUGUAUCUCUGACUGACGCCGGCCUCUCUCCUGGCUGGUACAGGUUCAAAGACCGCGCGGGUUUUCAAAUGGCAGAUAAAUGCGUGAAGUUGUUUCACUGUGGCACACAUGCCACUGGCUGGUUAAAGAAUGGUCAUCCUACGCACUCAGAAGGUGCAGUGACCAGAGAAGUCUGUUUUCAUUGGCUCGAUGACUGCUGUUACUUUAGACAACAAAUCAUGAUUCGUCGGUGUAAACACUUUUACGUUUACGAUUUCCCGCGAAUGGACAUAAGCUACCUUAGAUAUUGUGGCAAUGGUUCUGUUGUGCAUAACCACUGGCUAACUCAUUAACUCCCCAAGAUCUGAUUUUUCAUAUUCCCCAGUCUAGCUCCUACACAUUAACUUGUAAAUUGGUUACGAUAAUUCAGUAGUUGUUAGUUCAAGACGACAACUUCCACCUGACAAGUUAGAGUCUUCUCAUUACCUGUUUGCAGAAUAAUGUAGGAUAGGAUAGGAUAACUUUAUUUAUUAAAAACUGGA